UCCAAAUCGACUAUGAUCUCAUAGCUUCCGGCUACUUGCGGAAAACUUUUUUGUGUUUGCUGUUUUUUUGGUCCCCAUCUGCUUCAGUUGUUACAAAGAAAGCUGCAAUGCUGUUUCACAGACUUCAUAACUUCACCUGAAGACUUCAUACUUUUAAUUGUGAACCUUUCUUGAAAAAUCUUAUAAAUUAAACUGUUUUAAGAGGAAAAAGGCCACAAGAGUUGAGUGUGGAUGACAUGACCGAGCUGAGAGAGCCAAAACACACUCAGAAAAUCACUACCGCUGUCAGUCAGGUGGGGGCGCCAAAACAUCACAAAUGCAGCAACUCAACCAUUUCUAUACUAUAAAUCUCCACUGUCAGAGUUCUCCAACUAUUCCAUAUUGUUUUAUAUCAAGUAAGGAAUAAUUACAUAAAUAUCCCUUUAAUAGAUUAACCUGUUCCAAUAGAAACAUGUGCCCUGCUGAAGUGGCAUACCAAGAACUCCCCUGUGUCCUCCUGCCAAUCCUGAACUUUAACCUCUGUUUAAACAACUCAUCCCCUGAAAUAUGGACGCAAUGACACGAGCACUGGUCAUGGAUUUUGUGCACAAACACAAAAUCAAAAGCUCCCACUAGAUAUAAAGCCAUGAAGCCAGUGAUACUGCGGGGUAUUUUGUACGCUUGCGUGAAACGUCAGCGGUGUGUAUGCGGCUGGAAGUGGAGGAGGAGGAGGAGGAGGAGGAUGAUGAUGAUGAUGAUGGGACGCUGCUGAUGCUGAUGCGAGAGCUUUCGGCGUCUGUGGUCAACAUCGGUGGACUCGGCUGUCACACGAUGGAGCUUUUCGGCCUCGUCUGCCGCCCUUCUCGCUUCGCCGCGGGUCCCGACGAGGGACGCUGUGACAGAUGUGCUUUCUGAGACGAGAAUAGGAGAGACAUAUAAUCGGAGGGGAAGGAAGGGUUUUCGUCUCGUCUCUCGCCCGGCCUGUCUUGUCACUGACACAGGUGGAUCUCGGCUGGAAAAACGGCAUCGAAAUGAAGACAUUAUCCUGGACUACCACGGAGGCGACAGCCUGCGUAGAUAACCCUGACACCGCGGAGCACUGAGACUAUCGCUUUCUUUAGAUUAAUCGACGGAGGUAGACGCUGGGCUUGUUUGGCGUCAGCUAGCUAAUAAGCUAAUUUCGCUAGCUAGUCAGUUAGCAGCUCCCUCGGCCAAUGGCACGGGAGAAGUGGGAUGCUCGAAGGAGGAGUUAACGUCCGUUGCUAGCAUAAAUUCAUUGGAAAGCGUUGCGUGUUCGCGUUAUAUUUAGUAAACCCGCCUCGUAAUGAGGGAUUUAACAUCCUAGCGGGACGUUAAUGUAGGCGUGAGUGUCACUUGGGGACGUCGUUUCGUCGCUCGCCCCCGUCGGCUCCUUUGGGCAAAUUAGCUUGCGAUGGAUAAGGUGAGGUAAUCGGCUAAGAAAGGCUAAUGUUGACAAACACGGGGGGACUUAACGCGUUCAUUUGUCACGUCUCACACUGGCUCCGCAGCAGCGAUGCUGUCCGACGUUGAUGUCGCUUUCCGGUCCUCAGACUGCGUUUCGGUGGUUUUCAAGCUCUUUUUCUGGCCAAAGUGAAGCAUGUUGACGGUGGAUGUGCUGAAGCUUGAAACACUUGGCGACGACCAGGAGGGACCUGCCAUGACAGAGAGGGACGUAGUGAGUCAGAAACGUUCACAGCAGCAGGAUAUUCAGUGAGCCCAGGACGUUACUAUGAAUUUUGAAUUUAGGCAGCAUUUUAGUCGAGACGUGGAUGACAACCACUGAAGGUAAAAGGACAAAUACAGCUUGUUUGCCUGCCUGAGAACUGCUCCUGUUACUUCACCUUAGACUUUUGUUUCUAUCUUCCUUAAACCUGCCAGCAUUUUACAUGACAGAGGCCGGCAAGGCUUGUAAGAGAUCCACGCGUUCAUAUCAAGAUUGCGUUUGAAGAUGUUUGGUGCCAUCUAAAAUCAUGGCCUUAAAACUGGAGAACUGGAUCUCCAUGACAGCGGUGAGAUAAGACGCCACCGCCAGCUUUUUCUCAAGGUUUUCAAAGUGGAACAGCCGAUCGAAAUGGAACCGACAGUCCUGUCUGGCCCUUUGGGGCACACACAGUGGGAGUCAGACCAGCCAUUUCCUCUUGGAUUUCACACACUGGAUUCAGACAAAGGAGGAGUGCUCUGUCCAAACAAGAGUGGCCAGACAGGUUUGGAUUUCAGAAACGGUGACCAGGAUCAAACCCCGCGAAUCGAAGGAGGGAACAUUUUCCCGGACUCGUCAUUAGACUUGGACAGCCUCAUCAAUAUCUCUGAUUUUACUUGUGGGGCUUUGAAGUUUGAGGGAGAUCAGUCCACGAUUUCCGAAACUUCUCUCCAUAUUGGUCGCAUCGAGGAGUUGUCCCGCAAAGAAAAGACAGAGGGACUCGAUGAAAUAAGUGAGACAUUGUCCUGGUUAUUUUCACCUAAACUCACCGAGGUGGUUGGGAAAAAGUCUGCCUGUGAGGACCUGAGUCUGACCCAGGAGGACCCUCCUGAGAGCCCACAGGCCCUCAGUAGUCAGGCUGAGCUAAUAAGCCUCAGUGUGCCGGUCUCUCCUUCGAAGAUUUCCGAGACCAACACAGGGGAUCCGUUUUUGUUGGUGGAUCUUCUCUCAAAUGAAAACUCUUGUCUCCCCACAGAGUCCUCAGGUGAGUCGAACCCACAGGGUGUCAGUGAGGAGCUGGUCGACCUAUUACAGGCGGAGCAGGCAGGUCUCCCUCCCUCGCAGACUUUGUCACCUGAAACCGGAGACAAAGGUUUAUUCCCUGAUCAAGUGACUGAUCUGCCUGUAACCUGUAGCACUACCCCGCAAGGCUUACCUGAGAGCAGCCUCCCGCAUGACCACCUCAGCACACCACUGGAGUGUUUUGAAGGAUCUGUGCCUUUGUUGGAUUUAGAGGUUCCAGACUGUGACCGCAGUCUGAGCCUGUGCCCCGCCAGCCCUCCCUCUGUUAUCUGCACAGGUGCAACAUCAGAUUUAUCAGCGGCGGAGUCGGAGGUGGAACAUGAGGGAGCGACUAUAAUUAUAAAUGUGACUUCGGAGCAGCAAGGUGAGAAUGACUCAUUUGCUCUGGGUUUGUCAGCGGCUCCUUCUUCACUGACGGCGCCUCCGGCUGAAGAUGCCUUCACCCAGGGCGAUUGCACCAGUGAGAGUAGCUCUGUGGAAAACGAGUCUAAAGAUUUGAUGGAAGACAAGAUUUGUUCUGAAGCCAACACUCGGGGGAAUGAGGUAAUGGCUUUGGAUCUGUGCUUGACUGUUGAUGAGGUCCACAACGAGGAAACGUGGGACUUGAAACCACAGGGGGGUGUAGAGAAUGGAAGCGCUCCCGACCCGACAACAGAACGGAGGGAAGAGGAGAGGUCGACGGACACUAACCAGCCAGAGGGGUCAGAUUGUCAUGAAGUGGCUUCUUUUGAUUUCUCCGUUCAGGAGGCUGGGUGGACUAGUGAGCAAACUGUGGAGGCAAUUUCCCGCUCUAAGGUGGUUGAAGAUGACUCACUGCCAAUGGUCUCAGCUGUGAGUACGAAGGAGGAAGAUGUCUCCCCGCUAAAAGCUGUGUUCGAUGCUUUAGACCAAGAUGGAGAUGGCUUCGUUCGCAUCGAGGAGUUUAUGGAGUUUGCCGCUGCCUACGGGGCCGACCAGGUGAAGGAUCUGACCAAGUUUUUGGAUCCCAGUGGGCUGGGAGUGAUCAGCUUUGAAGACUUCCACCGUGGAAUCUCUGCGAUUAGCAAUGGAGGUCCGGAGCCACCGCUCUACAGUGUAACCUACAGUCCAGGGGAUGGAGCUGUGGGCUGUCCAGAGGAGUACGAUGAGCAAAAUGAGGUGACGGACAGUGCAUACCUGGGCUCUGAGAGCACUUACAGUGAGUGUGAGACCUUCACCGAUGAGGACACGGGGGCCCUCGUACCCCCUGAGAUGCACGAGGACGUGGAGACGGACAGUGGCAUCGAGGCCACACUGCACGACCCUGAAGAUGCCGGAAAUAGGUUUUCCCUGAACUCCGAGCUCCACAACCACCAGCCCACCUUGGUGACCGUCAUCGGCGGAGAGGAGGAGCACUUUGAGGACUUCGGAGAAAGUAACACCUCCGAGUUGCUGCUGGAGAGCAGCGUGGAGGGGUCCGAGGACCAGGGCGACUCCAGUCUGGUGAAGUCUCCUGAGCAGGUCAAUGGCUCCUCACUGCUCUCUCCCAGUGCACCUGCUCCUCUCCCUGACUGCUUUCAGAGCUUCCUCAGGGAGGAGGCGCUGGACUUUUUCUGUAGCCAGUGUCACAAACAAAUAAGUCGUCUCGAGGACCUCUCCACGCGCCUCAAUUUCCUAGAGAUGACUAGCGCUGGCAAGAGGCUGUCCAGCAAGAAAGUAGCAAGACAUCUCCUCCAGAACAGCUCCAUGACUCUGGACACGGUGAGCGACCUGACACGGGACAUCCUGGAGCUCGCUGACAAUGACAUCACAGACAAGGUGCUCCUCCUCGAGCGCCGAGUGGCAGAGCUGGAGAAGGAGUCGGAGGCGUCAGGGGAGCAGCACGCCAGGUUGCGCCAGGAGAACCUUCAGCUGGUGCACCGGGCCAACGCCUUGGAGGAGCAGCUGAAGGAGCAGGAGGUCUACGCUGACGAGCAAAUGCAGCAGGAGACCCGUCGCCAGAAGGAGGCCCUGACCAAGCUGGAGAGGGAGAGAGGACUGGAGCUGGAAAACCUGCAGGCCAGGCUGCAGCAGCUGGAUGAGGAAAACAGCGAGCUGAGGUCGUGUGUCCCCUGUCUUCGGGCAAACAUUGAGAGACUAGAAGAGGAGAAGAGGAAGCUGCAGGAUGACACUGAAGCCAUGUCCGACAGGCUGCAGGAGGAGAUGGAGACCCGCAGGAAGAUGGCUGACAAGCUGAGCCACGAGCGCCACCAGAGCCAGAAGGAGAAGGAGUCCACUCAGGAGCUCAUUGAAGACCUGCGUAAACAGCUGGAGCAUCUUCAGCUGUACAAGCUGGAGGCUGAAGCAAAGAGAGGGCGCACACCCGGCGCCGGGCUGCAGGAAUAUCAGACCCGCACCCGUGAGGCCGAGCUGGAGCAGGAGAUAAAACGACUCAAGCAGGACAACCGCAACCUGAAGGAGCAGAACGACGAGUUGAACGGCCAGAUUAUCAACCUGAGCAUCCAGGGAGCCAAGAACUUGAUGUCGGCCUCCUUCUCCGACUCCCUCGCAGCCGAGAUCAACUCUGUGUCUCGGUCAGAGCUGAUGGAGGCGAUCCAUAAACAGGAAGAGAUCAACUACAGACUCCAGGACUACAUUGACAAAAUCAUUGUGGCCAUCAUGGAGUCCAACCCCUCCAUCCUUGAGGUCAAAUAGACACCACGCAGCCACGCACAGUGACUCCUCAGGCUGUUAAAAAUAGCUGAGACUUGGCUGAAAGAAAACCAAGAAGAGGAUGUUAAAACAUAUUCUGACAAACAGCAACAACUACAACGCACUCAACCCCCAAAAGAGAAGAAUCUAAGAUUUCUAAGAAGUCCAUGGCUAAGCAAUUUUCAGUUAGAUAUCCCUCGAGUAUGUGCUUAUACGUGUGUGUGUGUGUGUGUGUGUGUGUGUUAACCCUCCUGAGUACACUUGGGUUCUGGUGACUUCCAUGUUAUUUGGCCAGAGGGACCCAAGUCUCCCCCAGGUGGUUGAGUGAGUGAAUGUGUAAAAUGUGUGUGUGAGGUCUGCGUCUUAAAAGAGUAGAAAAUGUUCCCGUCCCCUUCCAGAAACAACGUGUCAAUGUUUGAUUGAGCUACAAAAAAAAAACAAAAAAAAAACAAAAAAAAAAACAUCAGACAAUUAUACAGUACCGAAAGGCCUUAAACAAAAGGUGAUGGAAAGUAUUAAUUAUUCCUGCUCAGCUCAGUCAGUGGAGCGUGACUGGGAUGAUGGAAGUAUGCGGGGCUGUGGUCUCCUGAACCAGGCUGAAUCGUGCUUUCGCCACGUGUGGGGGGAAAAAGCCGUAUGAAGCACGGGUCAGGAGAUCGGAGCAGCGAUUUCUCUUUUUGAAUUCGUCUUAAAUUGUUUAGAGCUUGCUGUGCUGCCGACCAGCCCCCUAUAACAGUGUGUCGUGUCCUUUUUAACCAGGUUUCGAACCCAAGUGAGGGACAUUUCUAGAGGUCGAGGUUGGAGAAAUGCACGGAGGGUUUAUUUGUUUUUGUGUGUGUGUGUUUGAGGUGUUCGACAUAUCCUUUCGUUUUUGUUGCUCUGUGUUAUAAGGUUUUGUAAAAAGCCUGGUGACGCAAGCUUCAAAACUUCAAAGUCUCGAAUGAAGGAACUUGGUGGUUAAUAAUUUGCCUCAUCUCAUAUUUAUUUAGAUAUAUAUUUUUUUUUACAAUGAAACAGGGUCCCAGAGGUCAGGUGGGCUGGAAACCUUCAGUUUAAAAAAGAAAUGUAUCUCACUAAGUGUAGACUGGGUGCUGUAACUGAUAUCACGUGCUCCUCUCACAGGUUCACUUUGUUAACUCUCAAACACUUGAAGUAAGCAUGAAGGGAACUGCGGAAUUCUGGGAAUUGUAGUCUUUUGUUUCUUUCUUCCCCCCCCUUUUUUGUAAGUACAGUCCACCUGACCACAGUGUUCUCUUGCUGAGUGAAAGUGAUGGGGAGCAAAAUUAUCCAGGUAACCAACCAUUGUUUUUUGUUUUUAUUUUGCUGCACAAGCGAUGUAUUGUUGGUAAAAAUGCUGACCUUUGACAAGUUGUAUGUGAAUAAUCAAAUGGUUGUACUUUGCACUAAGUUUUGUUUUGAUUUGUUUUUUUGUUGAUCAAAGAAGAAAAUGUUCAUUUUGAAGGGAUCAAAUCGUAAAUGAUGACAGUUCUGAGCCUGCAUGGAGACGUGAGUUAGUUGCUGCUGACGCGUUGGCUGCAUCGCACUCACGCUGUGUAAGAAAAACACAUCUCGCUAAUUUUUCUACCAUCUUAAAUUGGAAAUAUUCGAGAAUAGCAGCCAUGUCCUAGGGUGAGUUUAAUUUCAUUUACAUACUGUAUUUUUUCAGCCAUCAGGAGUUCCUGUGAGCUUUGUUUUUUCUGCUGGCUAGUUGUAUCUUUCUCCAGAUGUAAAACUGAAAGAACGUGGUAGACUUUGGUAGCAAUAAUGCUCGGAACGAACGUGGACGUUGGUGGAGGGAAACACACCUGCUCUGUAUUUCCUCCGCUGGAGCAACAUCUGCUUUUUCGAAGACAGAUUUUGGACUGCUCAUCAGUACCGCGCAGCCAUCUCACACUACUCUUUCAGACUCAAACUGGACACAAGUGUCGGAUUCACCUACCAGACAUCUUGAUGGAUUUAACGUUGAAGGAUAAACGGGGGGGUGGAGGUUGUUUUUCUUGUCUGAACGACAAUGCGUUCUGCACCAAUGAGCUAAGAAGAAUUGCUAUUUUUCACCCUCUUCACCUUUACGUCACUGCUCUUCUUCACCUGCCACUCCAUGGGGGAAAAAAAUGGCCUUGGAUGUAAAUGACUUGUACAUGUAAAGUUUUUUCUACACUCAUUCUAGAUUCUAGGUAUUUUUAUAGUCGGAAGGAAAAGAACAUUUCCUCUCCUUGUCUUAAGCUGAGAGACAGCUGCCUGUAUUAUUCUCUAGCAUGUAGCGUGUACAGUAUCUGUUGGGAGGUUGUUUUUUUUUUUUCUUUCCUUGUUUUGAAUAACAUGCAUAUAUUUAUUCAUCAUUUGACACAACUCACUCUGUGAUCUGUUCUGCUGAAAAUGUACUUUUUUUUUUUUCUUUUCAAAUUCACGAUGGUGGGAGAUUGACUCACGGUGACUGAAUCUGCGGGAGAAUUUAUGGGGUUAGGUUGCAUCGCGUGUGAAAAGAAGCUUGAAUGUGACCUGCUCAGAGUGGUCGUUUGUCGAGGUCGCUGCACUCUUCCAUGAUGCUGACGGUGCUUUGACCUCUUCAGGGUUUUCACGAUACGUGGCCGAGUCUGCAGUUUCUACUGCUGUCUUCCCCAGAUGGAGUCCGGUCGUGCAUGGAAACACCUAUUUUUUUUUAUUGUAUAUCUCUUGAUUCAGACCUAUGUUUUGACUGACAAAUCAUAUGCUAUAAUUUCUAUCAGUGGAGUUGCAGGUUGCCAGACCUCAUCAUGUGAACACGCAACACCUAAAAAACCUCAUACUCAGGCUUGCUGAGUGCAGCUUCCUGCUUUCUAGUGCGGCCCCAACAGAUUUAAUACAUCAUUGUUUGUAGUAACGAAUCGGUUUUUUUUUUGUUUUUGGUUUUUUUUUUUUGCAUUACAGAGAAGAAAUUGGAUGACACUUGAACACAGCAGGCUAUACUACACUUAAUUAUCUCCAUGCUUCAUAUCCGAGUGUCUGGUUUUGGCAGAUAGUUUGUGGACCAACAUGGCAACAGCAUAAUAAGACCACAGAACUGACAAACGCAGAGCGGAAGAAAGCGAUUGCACUUUAUCCAAAUUUCUGCUUUCCAAGUGACCAAAGAUAGCUGUUCUGAACUCAAACUAAUCAUUUUAUCUAUCAGGGUCCGUGAUUUCAGUAACAUUUUCCUGUUCAGUUAUUAAAUUGGCAGACUCUGAGCUUGCCCCACAAAGGAAACAAGAGAACUGGCCUGCUAGUCUAAACACUGUGCCUCUGUGUCUCAAACUUUGCCUCUAAACUAACCUGACGAUGAGCCCUGGGGUGGGGGGGAGCACUGACCACGUGACUGUCAGUUUGUUAAAUUAUAAAUGAUGAAAACCGAAACUUGUAAAUAUGAAUUGUCAUUUUGUGAACUUUUCUUUUUCUCUCUCUCACACACACGCUCACUUCCAGUGUCCAAAGAAAGUUUGCUCAAGGCACAAACAUCACUACUGUAGUAGUGCAUGGCUUGCCAUCAUGUGACAAGGGAAGAUUACAAAAAGAGAAUAUUGUAGAAAAGAGAAAGUUUAAAUUUAUUCCUAUUUUCAAAGAUAAAUGUAUAAAUUAUAACAGUAUUGGUUACAGCUGUAUAUUAUUUUUGAAGAUCCCCUAAAUGAUCUAAUCCUAAUUGUUCCUGGGGGGAAAUAUAAUUUCAUUGUAAAAAGAGAAAAAAAUUUAAAAGGUAAGCAGUGAAAGUAAGACUAGAAAAUAAAUGGAAUAAAAUGA